AUGAUUAUGGGACGGAGGUGUCACAUUAUUGGUAAUUGCAAUGGAUUGACCUGUUUCGUCAAUUCUCCCUUCGAAAACAAUUCUCCCUUCGAAGUCAAUUCUCCCCACGAGACUGAAUUCUAUCUAUGGAACCCCUCAAUCAGGUGGUUGUCUCAAAAACUAGCCUCUUUUCACCAUUCUCACCAGGAUCUUAAUUCUUUGUUCAAAUUCUCAUUUGGUUAUGAUAAUUUAACCGACAAAUAUAAGGUGGUGGCCAUCCGUCCCAAUGAAGUCAGAGUUCUCACUUUGAGUGAUAAUGUAUGGAGAAAUAUUCAAAGUUUUCCCACGAAUCCUUACAAGUAUAGUUGGGACCAUGAGAAUGUUGGUGUCUAUUUGAAUAAUAGUCUUAAUUGGUUUGCCCUUAGAGAUACCCAUCUUUAUUAUCGUUAUCAUUGUACGGAUCUUAGUGUUCAACAAUUUAUGAUUAUCUCACUUGAUUUGGGAGUAGAGACCUACACACAGUUUCGGUUCCCUCAGAGUUUUGAUGAAGUGCCAGUUGUUGCUCCAAUUAUUUGCACGUUGAGAGAAUGUCUUUGUUUUUCUCACUAUUCCACGGAGUGUAAUUUUGUUAUAUGGCAGAUGAAGAAAUUUGGAGUAGAAGAAUCUUGGACGAAAUUGCUUAAAUUUGAUUAUCAGAAUGUACUUGAUAGUGAUUCAUAUAGAGUUGUUAAUUUGUUUCUAUUACAUCUUUUUGAGAAUGGAGAUAUGCUGAUAUCGGCUCACAAUCUUAAACGACCAAUUUGCUACAGUAGCAGAGAAAAUAGAGUAGUAAGGCAAGCUAUAGUUACAAAUAGGAUAAGCAUGCCUUGGCCUAAUGUCUCCCAAUACGUGGAAAGUUUGCUUUCAAUGUGUUGA